AUGUUUGCUAUUCGACGUUCUCUCCCUCUUGCAGUUCGUCUUGCUCGUCCAUCAUUUCGUACCACUACUACAGUUGCCGCAACUUCAGCUGGUGCUCCACCACAGUAUGAUCCGAUUGCGGCUGAAAAGACUGCGAAACCUCUUCAUAGUCAUGGAUUCGGUUUCAAAAUGGAGCGUUAUUUUGCUGCAGCAAUGGUACCACUUUUCCCAGCUGCAUAUUUUAUUCAUGGGCCAACAAUGGAUGCCAUGUUAACUUUUGCUUUAACUCUGCAUAUUCACUGGGGAGUCUAUGGCGUGAUCAGUGAUUAUGGGCGUCCGUUUGUUUUGGGCGAACCGUUAGCAAAAGCGGUACGAAUUGGUGCUUAUUUUAUCACGGCAAUGUUGUUGGCAGGUUUAUUACAUUUCAAUCAGAAUGAUGUCGGAAUAACCAAGGCAUUCGAAAUGGUCUGGUCGCUUUAA